GAGCGCGCCGCACGCACUCAGUGACACCCGCGCGCACUCCCAGUGAACGAGUGAACAAACUGAGUGAUUGUGAUUUUGGAAUUUGGAUUGCUAUUUGGAUGAGACGGCAGAGAGACGGCUGGCAAGUUACCCACCAAAUGUGUUCAGACGCAACUACAGCCUUCCUAGUUAUACACCUUCAACAUAAUAAUUGAAGUAAUGGCGUGCAAUUGAUCCUGCCGCCGCAUGCUCCGACAACACCACACGAUAAGCUAGCGGCGCGUGCUGGCGGGCGGGAGCGCUGCCUCUAUGCCGCAGCGACGCAGGUUCGACAUACACCGGGACGUUGCCAGGUCGCUGCUGAAGACGAGGGGGCGGGGAGUGAGGUAACCUGGCCGACAUGUGUUCCACCGUCAGAUAAUACAACGAAUAAUGUACAGUCCGUCCAAUCACUGCCAAACUUUCAUAACGAAUUUACUAGUUAUAUUAGUGUAGUACGCGAGUGUAGUGAAGUGUAGUGACAACGCCAUCUGGCGUGCGCUAGAGACAAGGUGGCGGGGACGCAUGCGCCGUCUGGGCCGGCGUUGGCGAUGCCAUUUAUUGAAGACGAGUGGUGGUCAGUGGAGAAUGAGGGAAGAAUGGUCGACCUCUCCAAUUGCCUACAAGAUGCAGUAGCCGCUAGCGGUCAAAGCGCUGCCCAGCUCCAGUUGCAGAUGGCGACAUCUCUCGGCGAGCUGUCGCAGGCCGAGCUGUCAAACUUCGUGGGCGGCCUCACGCUGGAGGCGGACGGCUCCGAGGCGACGGACCCCGACGACAUCCUGAAACAGUUGGGCGAGACCGCCUUCGACAACUUCGACUUCCUCACCGACCUGACCAAUGCCACUGCGACGUCGGUUCCACCCGUCGAAAUUAAGCAAGAAGAAAACAACAAUGUAUCGCCAGCGUCCGGUAGCCAGCUACAAAACCUCUACUACCAGAACAACCAACUGCAGAACAACGGCCAGCAGCGGCUACAGCAGCUGCUGAGGAACGGCACCAACGCCAUCAACCACGCCGUGGCCAACAACAUCAACAACGGGCGGUACAACAUCGCCUCCGCUAACCCGCUGCUUGCUGAGAAGCUCGCGGCGACAUCUAGCGGCAUAAAGCAGGAACCUUUAAGUGCUGAUUAUAAUGGACCAAAUAUGAACUAUGGAAGUGCUUCACCGAUGCAGAGGGUGCCUAGUGGGAAGCCGCAGGUGAACGAUGCCGGUGGAGGAAAAGGUAAGCCUAAGUAUCUGUUCACAGCUUCAGCAGCAGUUAGAUACUUGGACGGAGAGCCAACAUCGCUGGGUCUGGGUGGACGGGGCAGCCUGAGCCGGGCCAUCAUACACGGCCUGCUGGCGCCCGCCACACCCAGACAUCACCUAUACGCCGCGCCCAAUACGGGGUCGCUACCACCGUCGCCGGCGGACAGCGGCGUGUCGGACGUGGAGUCGUCGUCGUCGGGCGCGGGGUCGGCGGAGGAGCUGAAGGCACGCCUGCAGCCGCCGCCCGCACCCUACGCGCCCUUCCUGCCCUUCUACCAGCAGCACCAGCUCACCUCGCUACAGCACGUCACGCAUCCGCGACCUCCAGUGAGCGUGGGCGAGCGCGAGUACGGGUACGGGUACGGGGGCGGAGGCCACCACUUCGCCGCGCCCGCGCCCCCCCCGCUCCCGCACGACGACCUGCCCUACUCCGUGUUCGACUUCGGCGACUACCAGCGGCACGCGCACCACAACAAGCUCAAGCCCAAGAAGCGCCGCGACGCGCCGCCCGCGCCCGGCGUCAAGCGCAAGAGCCGCGAGGGCUCCACCACCUACCUGUGGGAGUUCCUGCUGAAGCUGCUGCAGGACCGCGAGUACUGCCCGCGCUACAUCAAGUGGACCAACCGCGAGAAGGGCGUGUUCAAGCUGGUCGACAGCAAGGCCGUGUCGCGCCUGUGGGGGCUGCACAAGAACAAGCCCGACAUGAACUACGAGACCAUGGGGCGCGCGCUGCGCUACUACUACCAGCGCGGGAUCCUCGCCAAGGUGGACGGCCAGCGGCUCGUCUACCAGUUCGUCGACGUGCCCAAGGACAUCGUCGAGAUCGACUGCUCGCUGGCGUAGGCCCCCCCUACCCCCUCCCUCCGGGGGUGAAGCCCGAGCGUUUUUCACUAGCUCUAGUAAAUUUUAUCUUUCGGAAUCGUCGUGCAUCGCGUUUUCUAUCGCUUCGAUUGAUGUUAUAAUAAUUGUUCGGUAAUAUACGCUGUGGAAAUUGAAUAUUUAUACUAUAGAGAGGAAAUCGAUUGCUCAAAUGUUUAUAUAUACCUAUUUUUAGGGAAAUUCGGAAAGGAACGCCCCGCGUCAGAGUUUUGUCCCGGCCCGGGCGGCUCGGCUCGGGCCGGCCGCUCCAUCAGAACUACCUACCUCAAAUCUAAGCGAAACUAAUGGAUAUAUGAUAUACAGAUUAUUCGAAAACAUUUUACAAUACGCAGUAGAAUCUAUAUGAGAGUUUAUAUAAAAGAAGUAUUUACCUAAAAGUGUUUAUGAUAUUCCUUCGAUAUGAUAUAUAUAUGAUGUUUGGUGCUCGUAUGGCCGUUUGCAUAUUUACACAUUGUUACAAACUUAGAAACUCGAUGUUUAUAUAUUUGUAAAUCAAUUUUAUCUAGCCGUUCCUUUUUUGAAAUGAAGCGAGAUGCCCCAGACGACGUCCGGGCGGCCGGCGGGGAGCGACACCUCGUUUCCCGAAGUCGGUUAACUCUAAGCAUAUCCCUGGCGUCGCCUCCGGCAGAGCGCAUUAGUAUUCUCUAUUAUUCUUGUUAAACCGAAUUUUUCAAUUGAUAUUAUUAAGAUUCUUAUUUGUGGGCGUCCCACUAGAGUACUGAAACCAACUGCCAACUUUCUGUUAGGAAAAAUAGAUAAGGUAUGAAUUUUGUGCGUUACGUGUUAAUUACAAAUAGUCGUGUAAGCAGUUUCGGGCGGACGACCGCUCGGUUUAUUUAACUAUCGUUAGUUCCGCUGCCCGCGCGGCGGUGGAACUGCACAGGUCGGCCUCGGAGGAUGCGCAGCACGCUCGUGUGAUGUAUGAGGAUGUUCCCUGCGGCCGAACUGUGCAGUUGGACCGUCGCGCGCGCAGCCCGGUGCGGGGGCCCGCCGCUACAUAUCGCCGCGCGCGCCGCAUAUCAACUCCUCCCCCACGACUACUAUUGUGAUAUAAUUUGUAUAGAGCGCCGGGCCCCCAUUUUUUUGUUACCUGAAUAAAUAUUAAUAUUAAUUACGACACGUGGUCCAAUGUUAACGAAUCAAUACUUUAACUAGAUAGACAUAGACGGAGUAGACUAGGACGGUAGGCCUCGCCGCCCCGGCCCUGCGCCCGCGCACGCAGAUUCGAGCAUGAAACUCUAUAGGAAACAAUACUAAUGUAACAUCGAGGAGUUUCUUCGUGAAAGCGUCAAGCUCGGAGCUCCCCCAAUUUAUGUAACAGAGCUCGAGUCCGCGUGCGCCGGUGCUAAGGAAUUGUUAGUUAGAGGGCGCGAGUCCGAACGAAUUGCAGGAGGGCGAAGUCCGAGCGCCCGCGCGCCAGCUCCGCGCAUGUUUUGCAAUAUUUUUUAUACACUCGGUCGAGAUAGGUGUCGAUAUAUUAGCACGUAAGAUAGGCCGGCGCGCGGACUCCGCCACCUGGUGAGGGUUAGGAGCAGACAGGGGCGGGUGCUGUGCCGCCGCCCGCCCGCGAACGCCUGCGCCAAACGCUCGCCCUACUUUAGGGGGAGAGGACCUGAAAAGAGUUAACGCACACUCGUCCGAAAGUGUGUGAGAAGAGUCGAUGAGUAUCCCGGCUCCCGCUACAGUAGUCCGAGCGGCGGCGCCCGCACUCGCCGCACCACACCGGUGAUCUCACAUCCACGCCCAGUGCCCGUUUCGUAUUUUAAAUAUAUAUCGUAAAGUUGAUCGUAUAGUUAGGCUGAAUUCUCAAAAUUAUACUGUUUCCUUUUUUAUAAUACUAUGUCCCGCUUUUGUAAAUAUAAUUGUAGGUUAACUUAUUUAUUUCCGAAGUAUGGCGCUCGCGAGAUCCGCGCCGGAACGUCGGCCGUCCGUCUGUCGCCCGUAUGAAGCUAUCAUAGAGAUCUCUAUAUUAGCUUCACGGUCGCCCGCCUCGACUGCGACGUCGCGUCGCUCUCGCGUCGCGCUCGCGUCGCGUUCGCGUCGGUCGCGCUAUAUCGGGGACGAUCCGAGCGGAGCGGCGCUCAUCUCGUGACCGCCCCCAUACUUCACUUUAAAUUUUAGGAAAUUUCGUUCUAUAGUUUUAAAAUUUUAUUGUAACAUAAAUAUAUAAUAUAGUAGCGGUAGGCAAUGAAUGGACCACAAGCGGCAGGGAGCGCUCUCAGAAUUUAUAAUUCGGCUAGUGUGAAACGUUAGAGAGUUACCGAUUAGUUGGCAAAAUGUCUGAGCAAACAUUUAAAAUACGUGCUCGCGUUUAAAAAAAAUAAUUUUAGUCGAAUUGAUGUUGUUAAAAAUCAAAGUUUCUAAUUAUUAAUGUACUUAAAUUUUCAAUGUAAAUUUUACCAGCACCUCGUGAAAAUUAUCGUUAAAAUUAUUUUAAUCGAGCCUAGUCUUAGUGAUAUGAUAAAUUUCGUUUUAAUUUUUCGCGCGGUUUAUUGGCGAAAUUGAGGUCUGUUGAGGGGCGGCGCGCCCCGGCCGCGAUCGCGGGUCGCACGCGGGUCGUACGCGGCCCGCACGCUGCACGCUCGCCGAGCGCGCCGCCCGCGAACGCACGCGCACAGGGACGUCGGGCGCGAUGUAUAUUUGCGAAUAUUUGCGCGGAAGCAAUGAGAAGGUUAGUGAAUUCGGAUUAAGAGUGAGGUGUUCGCCAAAGGAACACGUUUCGUCUACUUGUCAAUGUUUUAUUAGAAAAAUUUUGUCCAAUAAUAUUCCAUACGUAAUUUUUAAAAUUUUUAAAUCUAAAUAAACCUUUUUAAAUCGUUUUCGGUCCGCGAUUUUCCGCGAGUUUUCGUCAAAAUCUUUGAGUUCUGAGAGCUUUGUGAGAUAAUUUCUGCGUUAAUAUUGCUUUUAGUUGUUAAUGUUCGAUUAUUUUUAAUUUUAGUUGUUUAAUUUAACAAAAUAAUGUAUUUCUGCCCCCUAGUUAAGUUAUUUUUUAUGUAUAGCUAGUUAUAAGUGUAAAUGAUUUAGCACAUAAAUCUGAUGCAUGAUUAUAAUGUUAAUAAAAUAUCUACAAUAAACACAGCUUCUUGUUUA